AUGAAAUUGUUUAAGGCAAAGAAAAUCAUCGAGCACAAUCGCAAUAAAGAGCGACGCAAGGAGGAAAAGGAAUCGAAAGAGCGCCGAGAACGAGUUCGACAGGCACAGGAAGCACGAAAACAAGCGGAGGAGGAGGCAAAAAAGGAUCCGGAAGUGAUGUCCCUGCUGCAAGAUGAAACUGUUCUCAAAGCAUAUAUGGACAUCACCCAGAAUCCGGCCAACAUUUCGAAACACCUGUCGAACCCGAAAGUUAUGAAACUGUUUUCGAAAAUUGGCAGCGCUGCAGGCGGUUUCGGCAUGGGUACAGGAAAUGCUCAGGGAGGCAGCAGUGAGCAGCAGCAAAAGGCAAAUGAUGGUGGCGCAGCGACAACAGAUAUGCCUCCGCCACCUAAAAAAGCACCUGAGCCAGAUCUUGAUUGA